UGUUGUUUGUUCUAGGACAUUUUAAAAGCCAUUCUCUUGCUACAGAAUUUUACUUAAAAGUAUGGUGUUGCUAAGCCUGCUGCUCGUUACUAUAACAGUUCUAGGUGCGCCUCUAUGCAGGGGCUGCGCGCGGGAUGUGGCGAAAGGUAAACCCGCACACCAAAGCUCCACCUACAUGUACGAAGGGUCCUACAACGCCAGUCUCGCUGUGGACGGUAACUAUGACGACAACUGGCAACAAGGCAGCUGUUCCCAUACAGAGGAUGGCCAGGGGAAUUGGUGGCUGGUGGAUUUAGAAUCCACGGCAAUACUGGCUGGUGUCGUACUAACAAACAGAGGCGAAUGCUGUAGUGAGCGUCUGGUUAAUUUCGAAGUGAGAGUUGGAUACUCUUUUGUGGGUACUUCAUCAUUCACCCAGUACAGACUCUGCGCCAGUUACCCGGGGGUGGCACCUGUUGGGAACACGUCUCUGUCCUGUAGGUCUCCACUAAGAGGACGAUAUGUCUUGAUCAUUAAAGUUGGCAGUGACGACCUGCCCUUGCAGUUAUGUGAAGUGGAGGUUCACGGUUUUCCAAGCACAACCACGUUCCAGCUGGUAGGAGCAGGUGCUCGAGCAUCCCUCUCACCCAUAUCUACGCUGAAUGUCCGCAGUCUUACUGAAUGCAGCAUCUCCUGUAUGCAGCACUGGGAGUGUGCGGCUAUAAACGUUCUCUGUACCGGAAAUGGCCAAUGUACCUGCGAACUACUGCCCAGUACUGCCCAAUCCGGCGACUUGCAGGCAGGUGCUGGUUAUGACUAUUAUGAAGAUAACUGCUUUGGUGCAGUGUAGACUGAGAGAGUCUUUUGAACAAGGCGGAAUCACUUUUUGGGUGAGAUCAAAAUGCUUUAUUAAAUGUACAUUUUUCAUUCUGCUAGUAAGUGUGUUGAUGAUCAUAAUGCUAUACGUGAAACCCAGGUGUUAUGUAUUCACUUCCAUUCCCUAAGACUGUUUAUUGAACUAAUAUAUAAUGCGCGUACUUUCGCCAACAAUAUCUUGUUCUUAUGCUAAAUGUACUGUACCUUAAUUAUCAACUGUUUUAACAAUUUAAAAAUUAGCUUUAUGCUGGUUAAUUUGAAUUACUUCCACUCGUAUUUGCAUUAUUCUGGGAUAAACGAACGCUUGGAAAACAAAUGAAUAUCAGAAUGUGAAAAUAAUGGGCAUAUUUUUAACAUAAUGUAUAAAAUUAAAAA